AUGAUUGGGCUGUGUGUCUGUCUCAUUCUGGGAUGUGUUCGAAAGGCCCGCGUGAAUCCACGUGCAUGCAAAUCGUGUAUUCCUGCUGCAGCCUUCGUGACUCGGGAGGAGGGGCGACGGCCGUUAUCGCUUCUUCUCAAGACGAGUUGUGGUGGUUAUUUUGCCAUGCGGAAGGAGGUCAGGAAAAUCUACCUUUUCCAACUCGAGGUGGUGAAGUAG